AUGAUAACAACAGGAACGGGCCAGCCAGAUCGCAUCAACAGCACUUUACAACUGCGCUGCAUUAGCAAUGUUGUGGUCGACGGGGAUAUUGAGAACGUGCAUACCCUCUACCAGAAAGAUACACAUAAGGGUGUCGUACUCUCUUUUCCGCUCAAGUUGCUGCUGAAGAAGAGCAGGAGCAUAGUGACCAUUGGGGGUCUAUACAAUGGGAAGGAUUAUCAUGGCGCUAUUUUGGAGAAGGUGAUCGUAUAUUCUCCUGAGGAAAGGGGCGUAGGUGGUGGCAAUGAGGGUAUUAAGAGAGCACCCGCGGUGAUGUGUCAGUAUAACCUGUGUUGA